UGUUCACUACUCGCCAGUGUUGAAGAGGUCCCCAAUGGCCCAUUUCUUAGUGAUCAACGAUGGAUCACUAGCGUAGCAAAUGGUAAUUAAAAGAAGAAAGGCAGGUUUUGCUUUUGAAAACCAUGCAAUUGUGGUUAGAAGAAAGUUUUGAGCUUUAAUUUGGAAGGAGAAACAAAGAAGCAUAUCGGAAAGUACAAAAAUGGUGAGGGUUCCUUGUUGUGAAAAGAUGGGGUUGAAGAAGGGACCAUGGACGCCUGAAGAAGAUCAUAUCUUGGUAUCUUACAUCCAACGUUUUGGGCAUAACAAUUGGCGAGCACUCCCCAAGCAAGCAGGUUUAUUAAGGUGUGGAAAGAGCUGUAGGCUUAGGUGGAUAAAUUACCUAAGGCCAGGUAUUAAACGAGGAAACUUCAGCAGUGAAGAAGAAGAAACUAUUAUUAAGGUACAUCAGAUUCUUGGGAACAGAUGGUCUGCAAUUGCUGCAAAAUUGCCAGGAAGAACAGAUAAUGAGGUAAAGAAUUACUGGCACACACACAUAAAGAAGAGAGUUGAGGAGAAGCAAGCCAACCCAAGCACAAGCAGCACAGCUGGUAACUGCACCAAAACAUCAAAAAGGGCAGUGAUCAACAAUGCAAUAUCAUCACAGCAACCUGAGAAUUUUCCUACCCAUCAAAGAAGUCAUUAUCUUGGCCAUGCACCAGUCUUCCCACAAGAGCAAUCCCAGGAACCGCUGGCAACUGUAGAAGCCAUCAACGGUUUCAAUACUAUAAAUGUCAAUGAUAAUGAGUCUUGGUAUGACCUCUUCAUGAAAGUGGCAAACUCCAGAGAAGUGCAUGGAAAUUUAGGGCAGUAGUACUUAAUUGGGUUAUUUAUUUUCAGUAGUUUAUCAAAUACAAACUGUAUUCUUUUAUAACUAAACAUGCCCUUCUGUUUAUAUAUGAAUGAUAGAUUAAAUGGAUACUGGAGGUCUUAAACCUAACAGAUGACAAUGGCA